GAUCUUCUCAUUGAUACCUAUAAAUGAUGUAUAAUAAUUAGAAUAUAAAUGUUAACAACAUUCAAAUCGCAUUAAUUCCUGUUCAAUUCCUACUGAAUUCAUUUUCAAACUUCCAAUUCAGUUAUGGUCCCAUAUCUUCAUCUGAAAUAAUUCAAGUUCUUUUACAGGAUAAAAUGAUUUAACAAUUGUCUUUCCAGUCAUAACAUGUUGGACCAAACCAUAUUCAGUUAAUCACACUUCAUUAUUAAUUAGUAGAAGCAGAAGUAUAUUUCAUACCCAUCUAUUUUAAAUCUAUCAAAUACCCAGAGUUUCAUUGUACCACUGAAGUUGUAGUACAACUAGGAAUCUUUCAGUCAACCAUAUUGUCCAUUAUAUUGAUAAAAUGAGAACUAGCAUACUAAUACCUUCAAUAAAACUGAUUAAAUACUGGAAAAUUAUAUUAAUUAUUAUCGGAUUACUUUUUAAUAUAUAUCUGUAUAUUCAUAUUUUAAAUAAACACGAUAGCAUAAUUUAUACAAACAAAUCAUCCACAUUAUGUAUAAACGAUAUUUUUACACAAAUUGUUAAAUCACAAAAUUCAUGGUUAGCAUUUAUUAAUGCUUUAAAUAAUUUACAUGUUAAUAAUUCUAAUCAAUUAGGAACAACUCAAAUAUCUACAGAAUUAUUCCAGUUUACAUAUUUUUCUUUGCCUAUAUUCAAUGAAACAAUAGAACUUCUAAACUUUAAAAAUCAAUUGAAAAUACUAUCUGAAUCUAUGAAUACAACAUAUCAGUUCAAUGAAAUUUAUACUGAAACAAUCAGUAACAAAAGUGUGUCAUAUGUUAAAGAUGAUAAAUCUGUAGGUGGAAGACAUUAUCCAAAAUAUUUCAAUAUGACUGAAUAUUUGAAUGCCAUGUCAAAUGGAUUUCCACCAAACGAAGUCCCCAUAAAUAAUGAACAUCUAUUUGUUUUGGAAACCCCAAGAAGUGCUUGUGAUCCUUGUCAUGAAAAACAGAAACUAAAUUUGGUGGUUUUAAUCAAAUCUUGCACUUAUUGCUAUGAACAACGGUCAUACGCGCGUAAAACAUACAUGAACAAAAGUCUGUGGAAUAACUUAACAGUCAGAUUUGUAUUUGUUGUUGGAUUACCAAUACCAAAUGAGACAAAUAUUUAUCAUUUUGAUGGUGUAAAUAUUCAGUUGAAUGGGAAAUCAUGGUCGGAAUCGAGAAAACGUGAAUUUUCUCGAUGGUCGGUAAUAAAAGAGUUGAGAAAUGAAAGCAGAUUUUAUGGUGACAUGUUGGUUGGUGGUUUCUUUGAUACUUACUUCAAUUUAACUACGAAAAUGAUGUUAUCUUUUCGUUGGGCGUGUACCUUCUGUAAGAAUAUAACGCCAUUAUUUUUAUUUAUUGACGAUGAUUAUGUACUUCAUCCGAACAAUACAAUGAAACUCGUAAAGUCAAUUAAAAUAUCAGAUAUGAAGUCAUAUGUCGGUGGUCCAAUUCAUGCAACAUCAGUUGUAUCGCGACCAGAAAAUAAAAGUUACAACUCAAAGUGGGAUGUUUCACCUCAUGAAUAUCCAUGGAGUUAUUAUCCUCCAUACUUUUAUGGUAUUGGCUAUAUGAUUGGAGCUGACGUUGUAUGUGAUGCUUCUGUUACAAUGUCAUUUACACAAAAUCUUCGUAUUGAUGAUGCAUACCUUGGGAUUGUUUUGGCGAGACUGAACAAGAAGCUCAAUCAACUUAAAGGGUUCAGAGUAUACACUGAUACAAAUUUCGAAGCAUCAGGAGCAGUUAUUAUACAAAAAUCAAGCGCUGGUUUACUGUUUGCUUAAACCACAAUAAUAAAUUAGUCUUUCUUUCUGUAAAUGUUCAGUUAUAAAUAAUCUUAUAUUAGUCAUCUGAAUAAAUGUAUAUUAUAGACAUGCAAAUGCUGUCUGGCUAACAAGAACUAAUUUUAAUAGUCAGUUCAUAAUUUUAUCGACUAUUGAGAAGAUCAUAAAAGCGUAUCAUACAAACCAAUUUAUACAUUUUAUGACCAUGAACUAUUUUUGUAUUCAAUAUUUCCUAUGUCACUGAGUUACUUUAUUAAACAAAGAAAUAAGAAUUAUGAAUCAAUUAUCCUAAUUUCUGGUUCAAGUUCAUGUUAAAAUUUGUGUCAAGAAUUCAAAUUUCUCCAUUAAUCAUCAAAUGUUCACAACCUAUGCAUAAUAAUCAACAAACUGUCAUCAUCACAUGGUGCUUAUCAUAACUGAAACAAAUGAUGAGCUAAGAUGAUAGCUUAAUUAAACUCUUAUUAAUUUGCAAUUAGUUCUUCAAAUUAGAAGUCAUAUUAUGUCAGAUCUAAAUCUUACUAGUGCACUAUAGCAGAAGUCACUUAAUCAGCAACAAAUGAUAGAAUAUUUAAGUAACAAAUCCCGCAUACCAUAUCAGAUAGUUCUCACAGUAAAUCUACACAGAAUGAUAAAUUAAAUGUAAAAAAAACCAACAACUGUUAUCAUGGAGAUGGAUCAAAAGUUAAUCAAUUGUAUGUGUGAUAAAAGUAAUAAUGAUUUAAACUGAUUCGUAUAUAGAUUCUUACAUUAAUUAUCUGAAUAAACAAAAACCUAAACGUAAUACAUGCAAUUUUUAUUCAUUUCUAUAUUUUGAAUGUUUAUUUUUUUUAUCAUCAUUGUAGUAAUUUGUAUUUGGAUUAAUUUUUCACAGGUUUGUCGAAUCUUUGUACCGAUUUGUUUUUAAUGAAGCCUAUUUUGUGCAAGGAUGCUGGUAGAAUGAGACAUUGAAUUAUUUUUGUGCUAUGAAUAACUUACCCGAGACUUUUUUCACCUACUAAAUCUUCAGAUAUUCAUUUAUUUACUGGUGACUAUUAUUUUCAUUUGUAAAAUUUGCAUCUUAUUUUUAGCAUCAGAUCUCUUCAAGCAAUCCAUCGUCCAUUUUAAGUUACUGCUUGAGUAUUUCUCGGUGCCUCAUUUUGUUCCCUAAAGUUUAUGACCAUUUUCAGAGACCCUGUAUAUAUUUAUACAAGUUCACUAUUUGCUGAUAUCAGUCUUCUUUAGUCUCUAUUAAAUAAAUCUUCACCCCAAGAUUUGUAUCUUGUGAUGGCCAUGCUUAAAAUUUAAAUGGGAAAUAUGAUAUCCAGGUAUCGAAAUUAAAACUACUAGUUAUAGCUGUCAGAUCAAGACUCAUCUAUCUGAAACCGAUGAAGAUUCAGGAAAAUGUUUAACAAAGAAAGAGAUUAUUUGGGCAGAUUGAAGAAGUAACUGAAAAACAGAAGCCGGUCAACGGAGGAUCGAUCAUUGUUGUACAACUACCAACGAGUGCUUGCAGUCCCACCAAACCACCAGAAAGUCUGGAUCUCAUAGUAAUAGUGAAGUCGUGUAUCUAUUGCUUUGACAAACGAUCGUACGCUCGAGACACCUACAUGAAAUCACACCUGUGGAAAGAUUUCCGAAUUCGAUUUGUUUUCGUUGUUGGAUUGCCAACCCCAAAUGAAACGGAUGUGUAUCAUUUCGACGGAGUCACUGUGAAUCUUGGUCGGAAGGCUUCUGAACUCUCUAAACUUUACGAGAGCUCACGAUGGAUUGCUGCUAAGAAGCUGAGUGACGAGAGUGGAAAAUUCAAUGAUAUGUUGGUCGGGUCAUUUCAUGAUACGUAUUUCAACUUGACGUCCAAGAUGAUAUUGUCAUAUCGAUGGGCUGCUACAUUUUGUAAGGGACAAACACCAUUGUAUCUGUUCGUUGAUGACGAUUAUGCAUUACUGCCUGAAAACACUAUUCGACUUGUCAGGAGUCUGAAUGCUUCUGUUUCGAGAUCGACCGUAGGAGGUUUUGUGCAUUAUACAAGUGUAGUGGCAAGACCGUCAAAGGAGAAGUUCGAUUUGAAAUGGUCGGUAUCAGUGAAUGAAUACCCAUGGGAUUACUAUCCACCUUACUUCUAUGGAAUAGGUUAUUUGUUGGGUUCAGAUAUUGUCAGUGAUGCUUCUGUGGCUAUGGCUUUCACACAAAGCAUUCGUAUAGAUGACUCAUUUUUAGGAAUUGUGUUGAGUCGACUAAACAGGACACUGACUAAUAUGAAGGAGUUUUCGUUGGAUGAAUCAAUACCGGAAAAUAAAUCUUGUCUAGUCAUUAUCGAUAUAGAUAUUGCGGGUGAUGUUAUUAAUUGGAAAACUGGCGACAUUAUGAACUAUUAAUUACAUUUUUCUACGGUAAUUGGACGAAAAUUCACAGUUUUAUUUUCAUUUUAACUUAUUUUGACAUAAAUGAUACUCUUAACCUGUUGAGUACUCCGUCUGAAUAAACUAAUGCAUUAGUUAACGUGAAAUAAUUGUGUAUCAAACAAAUAGCUUAUCAAAUAAUUUUGUGAUCUCAGUAUGUACUGUCGAAUCAACUUUUGGAAUACUUAAUCAACUUAUUUUGUCAAAGUGUUUCCGAAUGCAAUGCAAUUGUUCAAUAUAUUUUCCAAAAUUAUUUUUAUACUAAUACAUUAUUCUACGCUGUUACUUUAUUUGUUUGUCUUCGUUAAACUUUAUUAAAUAAGUAACCAUCGUGUACAUUCUGUCCUUACGUAUUAUUUGUUAAUUGGAAUAAAAAACUUAUUCACUAAUCAAACAAAAUGCUUUUUAUGAAACUUCUAAAGUGAAAAGAUGCGAUUCACUAACAACAUCACCCUGAGGAAAUUUAUUGUAGAUAAAAUCAAAUGCUUAGAAACCUGAUUUUACGAAAUAUGUGGCAACUAUUUAAACUAUUUGAAACAUAAUGAAAAUGAAAGUGUUACUUUUAAGUCUAGGAAUCUAGGAAUAUAAUUACGACUUUUAUUGUAAUCA